AUGGCAACUGACUUCAUGAAUAGGUUUGGUUUCAAUAUUGAAAAUGCGCCUGAUUGGUUUUACAUUCAGAACCUAAAGAAGAAACCAAGUGAAUCCUUCAGAGAAUAUGCCAUAAGAUGGAGGUCUGAGGCGGCUAGGACCAGACCCCCUAUGGAAGAAUCUCAAAUGAAAGACUAUUUCAUCCGUGCCCAAGAACCACAAUACUAUGACCGAAUGAUGCUGGUGGCUGAAAAGAGUUUCGCUGAAAUCAUCAAACUAGGCGAAAGAAUUGAAGAAGGCAUAAAGAAUGGGACUAUCAUCAACUUGGAGGCUUUACAAGCAACCAACAAGGCUCUGCAAUCUAGUGGAAUGACAGAGAGUCGAAAGAAAACAGGUUCUGUAAUGAUGGCUCAUGGAACUAGGACCCCUUUGAGGCACAAGACAACAAACCCACCACCAUCCCCAUACCCUCACACCCCAUACCUUCACACCCUAUACCCUCAACAUCCCUCAGCUCCACCCCUUAUAUCUCCCCAACCCAUGCCAAUAUAUUACCAAAAUGCUCCUCCUCAAUAUUUGCAUGCCUCAUAUCCUGUCUAUAAUGUUCAACCAACACACUUCCAAACUCCACCACCCACUCAAACACCAAAUUACCGAAACAGACCUUCCUAUGAAAGAAGACCUACAAAAACCUAUACCCCUUUGGCUGAACCCAUAGCACAACUUUAUGAGAGACUGAAACAAGCUGGGUACGUCUCUCCAAUUCCUGCAUUACCUAUGGACGUUCACGCGAAAUGGUACGACCCUAACAAGGUCUGCGCCUACCAUUCUGGGAUGAAGGGCCACACCACCGAAGUUUGCAGAGCCCUUAAGGAUAAGGUUCAAAUGUUGAUUGAUACAAAAACCAUCCAACUGAAGGAUCCUACACCGAAUGUUGCGAAUAAUCCUCUCCCUAACCAUCAAGUCAACAUGGUGGAAGCUGGUGAUGUCUUGGAUUGGGAAGAAUCUAUCUGGGCCGUCGAAACAGAGGAAGCCAUGCCUACCAUUGCCCAGACACCACUAAUAGUGCAAGGACUCGCCCCAUUUGAAGUAGAAGUUGCUGCACCCAGACCACCAUUCGCUGUCUAUAAGGCAUUCUCCCCAAUACAAUGUGACACACAUGCUGUACCUUGGGAUUACAACAAAAGAGAAACAAAUGUGGAAGAGACAGAUGUUGCAACAGGGGUCACCAGAUCUGGAAGAAUUUACACUUCUGAAAAUUUGGUUCAGGGAAGCUCUAGCAAAUCCAAAGCGCCAAUCGUAGAGUUCGAGGAUCAAAGUAUUUGGAAAAAGGUUAAAGCUAAAGAAUACUCUGUCAUUGAGCAGCUGAGUAAAACCCCUUCCCAAAUAUCAAUUCUAGAGUUACUAAAAUCUUCCGAAACUCAUCGAGAUGCCCUUCUGAAGAUCCUUGGUGAAGCUUAUGUCCCGUCUAACAUCACUCAUGGAGAGGUAUCCCGAAUGGUGGGGCAGGUCUUUGAGGCUUACAAAAUAUCUUUUCACAAAGAUGAACUGCCAAUCGAAGGAACAACUCACAAUAAAGCUUUGUACAUUUCGGUUCAGUAUCAGGAUAAGGUGAUAAACAAAACAUUAGUUGAUGCAGGUUCAGGUUUAAACAUUUGCCCUCUGAGCACACUGACGAGGCUGGGUGUGGAUAGUGCAAAAAUUCAGACAUGGAAGAUGAAUGUGAGGGCAUUUGACGGCUCUCAGAGAGGCACUAUUGGGGAGAUAACCUUGGACAUGCUCAUUGGUCCUGUCACUUUCCCCAUAGCUUUCCAAAUUUUGGAAAUCCCUUCAUCGUACAACUUAUUAUUGGGUCGUCCAUGGAUUCAUAUGGCUGGAGCGGUUCCAUCUACUCUUCACCAAUGCCUGAAGUUUGAAUGGGAUUACAAAGAGGUUGUGGUCCAUGGGGAAAAAGGGCAUCCUGUAUACACGAUUGAAGGAAGAGAGAAUAUGGAUGGCGAAAUGUACCAUACAGUGGAGCUUGUUGGUAAUAUUGAGUUGCAACCUUGGUUCAGCCAAAAAAUCAUAGAUAUGAUGGCCUGGUUCGGUUUCGAGCUUGGGAAAGGUUUGGGGGCUAAAUUACAAGGGAUAGUCGAACCUAUACAGCCUGUUCGACAUUCCACCACUUUUGGUUUCAUGAGAGACAAUACUGAUGAGAUCUCAGAUGACUUGAAGGGGUUAUCGCUAACCAAAGAAGAAGGGAAAGUUUGCAACGUCGUGAUCAACGAGGAGGAGAAAGGGGGCCCUAGUGGAAGCAAGGAGGCAAAGAUCAGCGUCAGCAACUGGACCUCGACUCCAUCCAGACCUCGUCGAGCAUCUGGCAAAAUUCAUUAUAAAAAUGUCGAAUCUGAGAUUGUGGCAUACAAUAAGACUGCUCAGCUUAACCUUAAUGACUUAGAAGAAGUCGAAGACAAUGAGAUUCCCGAGGAGUUAACCAAAAGGGUUGAGGAAUUCGAGGAAAAACCCAAUCCAAAUUUGGUAGAGACAGAAGUGGUGAAUUUGGGAAAUGCAGAGGUGAUACAAGAAACCCGAGUAAGCAUCCAUAUGACAAAAGAAGACAAGAAAGAGUAUACCGAGUUUCUCAUAGAGAAUAAGGAUAUUUUCGCGUGGUCCUACGCAGACAUGACAGGGCUAAGUACUGCAAUCGUAGCCCAUCGACUACCCACUGAUCCAGCAUGUCCUCCGGUAAAACAGAAGCUGAGAAAAUACAAGCCCGAGAUGAGUUUGAAAAUCAAAGAAGAAGUAUCAAAGCAAUUAGAUGUAGGGAUACUACAAGUGACAGAAUACCCAACUUGGCUUGCAAAUGUCGUUCCAGUGCCCAAGAAAGACGGCAAGGUCAGAGUUUGCGUGGAUUACCGAGAUCUCAAUAAAGCUAGCCCUAAAGAUAACUUUCCAUUACCAAAUAUACACAUACUGAUUGAUAAUUGUGCUAAGCACGAAACUCAGUCAUUUGUGGAUUGCUUUGCCGGCUAUCAUCAAAUUGAGAUGCACAAAGCCGACGCUGAGAAAACCACUUUCAUCACGCCGUGGGGCGUCUAUAACUACAAGGUGAUGCCUUUUGGACUAAAGAACGUUGGAGCUACGUACAUGAGAGCGAUGACUACUUUGUUUCACGACAUGAUCCAUAAGGAAAUUGAAGUUUAUGUGGAUGAUGUCAUCAUCAAAUCAAAGGAAAGUUUAAAUCACUUGGAGGAUUUACGGAAAUUCUUUGCCAGGCUACGCAAGUACAAUCUGAAACUGAAUCCAGCAAAAUGUGUCUUCGAUGUGCCUGCUGGAAAGCUUUUAGGUUUCAGUGUCAGUCGUCGAGGUAUAGAAUUGGACCCGUCAAAGAUCAAAGCCAUUCGUGAUCUUCCCCCACCAAAGAGCAAGAAGGAGGUAAUGAGUUUCUUAGGGCGACUUAACUACAUCAGUCGUUUCAUUGCUCAGUCUACUGUCAUCUGUGAACCUAUCUUCAAGCUGUUAAAAAAGGAUGCUGCAGUGAAAUGGACAAGUGAAUGUCAACAGGCAUUUGACAAGAUCAAAGACUAUCUAUCCAAUCCUCCUAUAUUGGUGCCACCAGAGUCAGGUAGACCAUUACUUUUGUAUAUUUCAGUAUUGGAUAAUGCUUUCAGUUGCAUCUUAGGACAACACGAUGAAACAGGGAGGAAGGAGCAAGUAAUAUAUUAUAUGAGCAAGAAGUUCACAUCGUGCGAAGCCCGAUACUCUCUAUUAGAGCGUACCUGUUGUGCUCUAACAUGGGUUGCCCAAAAGUUACGACAUUACCUCUCAUCGCAUACCACUUAUCUGAUUUCAAGGAUGUAUCCUUUGAAGUAUAUCUUUCAAAAGCCUAUGCCCACAGGUAAACUGGCAAAAUGGCAGAUACUGUUGAGUGAGUUUGACAUAGUGUAUGUCAUGCAAAAAGCAGUGAAAGCACAGGCAUUAGCAGACCAUAUGGCAGAGAAUCCCGUGGACGAUGAUUACAGACCGCUGAAGACCUACUUCCCAGAUGAAGAGGUGGCGUUUGUGGGAGAGGACAUUUCUGAAGAAUAUGAUGGAUGGAGAAUGUUUUUUGAUGGAGCUAAAAAUCUGAAUGGAUGCGGCAUUGGGGCUGUUUUGAUCUCACCCACCGGGCAACAUUAUCCAGUAUCAGCAAAACUCAGAUUCCUUUGCUCAAAUAAUAUGGCCGAAUACGAAGCCUGCAUACUAGGUCUCCGACGGGCGAUCGACUUGGAUGUCCAGGAAAUGAUAAUAAUAGGGGAUUCAGACCUAUUGAUCCAUCAGGUUCGAGGUGAUUGGGCAACAAAAAAUCGAAAGUUGUUACCAUAUUUGGAGUGCGUGCACAGGCUAUGUAAAAGGUUUGUCAAAACAGAAUUUAGACAUGUACCAAGGGUCCAAAAUGAAUUUGCAGACGCCUUAGCUACUCUGUCUUCUAUGAUUCGACACCCUGAUCACAAUUACAUCGAUCCUAUUCACAUUCAUAUACAUGAACAACCAGCUUAUUGUUUCCAUGUUGAGGAAGAGCCUGAUGGAAAGACCUGGUAUGAUGACAUUAGAGGAUAUUUGAAGAGUGGUGAAUACACAGAAGAUGCAACAAGUGUACAAAAGCGUACAAUUCGAAGGUUAGCAACCCAAUUCUUCUUAAGUGGGGAAAUACUCUAUAGGAGAACUCCCGAUUUGGGACUGCUAAGAUGCGUCGAAGCAAGAGAGGCUCGCAGGCUGGUCGAAGAGAUACAAGCAGGCACCUGUGGCCCUCACAUGAACGGUUUUACAUUAGCAAAGAAGAUUCUGAGAUCAGGAUAUUAUUGGCUAACUAUGGAGACAGACUGCAUUCGCUACGUCCAGAAAUGCCAUCAAUGUCAGACUCACGCAGAUAUGAUUCGAGUACCUCCCAACGAACUCCAUGUCACUAGUUCACCUUGGCCGUUCGCAGCAUGGGGCAUGUAUGUCAUUGGUCCAAUCGAGCCAACAGCAUCCAACGGGCACAGAUUCAUUCUUGUUGCAAUUGACUAUUUCACCAAGUGGGUUGAGGCCACCUCCCAUCAAUCAGUGACAAAGAAAGUUGUGGAUGACUUUGUCAAAAACAACAUUAUUUGUAGGUUUGGAAUUCCUGAGUCAAUCAUCACCGAUAACGGCACCAACCUAAACAGUGACCUGAUGAGAUCAAUGUGUGAGAAGUUCAAGAUCAGUCAUCGAAACUCUACAGCAUACAGGCCACAGAUGAAUAGGGCUGUUGAGGCGGCAAACAAAAACAUCAAAAGGAUAUUGCGCAAGAUGAUCGAUAAUCACAAACACUGGUAGGAAAAGCUACCUUUCGCAUUGCUGGGGUAUCGUACCACAAUCAGAACUUCCACAGGGGCCACACCUUACUUCUUAGUAUACGGCACCGAAGCUGUGAUACCCGCCGAAGUUGAGAUACCUUCCCUAAGGAUCAUCCAAGAAGCAAAGUUGAGUGAUGCUGAUUGGAUACGAGGUCGGGCAGAGAAUUUGGCAUUAAUAGAUGGAAGAAGAAUUAACGCCAUUUGUCAUGGUCAGCUCUAUCAGAAUAGAAUGGCCAGAGCUUUCAACAAGAAGGUUAAACCCAGACAUUUCUCACCUGGGCAACUGGUUUUGAAGCGGAUUUUUCCAAAUCAAGACAAGGCAAAGGGUAAAUUUUCACCAAAUUGGCAAGGUCCAUACAUAGUCUCUCGAGUACUGACAGGCGGAGCCCUCAUACUUGCAGAAAUGGAUGGAGAAGUUUGGCCAAAACCUAUCAAUUCAGAUUCUGUGAAAAAAUAUUACAUCUAG